AUGAAGUCAAUUGAUAAUCAUAAAAAGAACAAUAUCUCCACUUUAGCCUUGGAUGGGGAUGGUAGCAGAUCAGGUACCCCAGAGGCCACACCCCCAGGGACCCCUAAGAAACACAAGAGAAAGAACAGCAGGGGGCCUGAACUCCCCACCCUCAUCCCACUCAGAGAGUCUGUCACCUUUGAUAUGAAAAAUAUAUUAAAGAUGAAGGACAUCAAGACAGAUGUAGGCUAUGCCAGAGCUUGGGUAAGACUUGCACUGGAAAAGAAACUUCUCUCCAGACAUCUGAAAGAGCUGCUGUCUGAUACAGAUUUACUGAGGAGCAGCUACAAGAGAUAUGCCUUUCUACGCUGUGAAGAUGAAAGAGAACAGUUCCUCUGCCACCUCCUCUCCCUCAAUGCUGUGGACUACUUCUGUUUCACAAACACAUUCACUAGCACAAUCAUCCCAUACAGAGUGUUGAUCUUUCCAAGUAGAAAGUUUCAAGGUUAUGCUACCUCAGCCAACCCUUACAUCUGCCUGGCAGGCAACCUGGGAGACACGGGGGUUGUCCAGGUGGCCAGACACACCCUGGAGAUCUUAGUAGAGCACAAGAACCUUGGCAUGCUGACCACCCUGAGGAUAGGCCAUGAUAACAGUGGAAUAACACCUAAGUGGAUGAUAGAGCAUGUCUUGGUCAGAAAUGAUAUCACUGGACAUACUUACAAGUUUCCAUGUGGACGGUGGCUAGGAAAAGGAAUUGACGAUGGCAGUAUUGAGCGACUACUGGUUGGUGAGCUGGUUCCUCUCACAACUGAUGGAGAAGAUCUUUGCUAUGCAUGCAGCACCCCACCCAGGACAAGGUCACCUAUUUUACCAAGGAAGGCACCAGAGACUAAGGUCAGACUGCCAGAAAUACAGCAGAUGUUGGGGGAAUCUGUCAACAACUUGGUGAAACAUUACUACAAACCAGAAAAAGAGCGAGGCAGCUUAACUUACCUGUUGUGUGGAGAAGGUGGGCUAGUGGAGUGUUUAGACAAUGUGUUCCAGUAUGGUUACAAAUCUGCCAGGCUGUUCAGGAAUAGACUAUAUGCAUGGGACUACAUAGAAAAAUGCCAAGCUUACUUUGCCAGUGCAUUGAAAGAGGAUGUAAAAGUCUCCCAGAUGAAAAGAGCAGCCUACAUGUCUUAUUGCAAUGUGGUUGCCAGGAUUAAUGAAGCAUCACAGAGUGUAGGGAAAGAUGGGAAAUUUCAGCUCUUUGUGUGUGUGGGUCUAAGGGAUCAUGUUCUAGAGCGCUGGCUGCCUGUCAUGGCUGAGGCACCAGUCACUGCCAGUAUGUAUGAGGAAAAUUCCUUCAUGAGAGAACCAACCUUGCUGAACUUUGUUGUUCAUUUAAUUCACUCACUCAGAGACUUCACAAUAACAUUGGAGGCAUCUCUUGUCAAAGGCUUGGAUGUUUAGAGCUUUUACUCCAAUAAGGACAUGGGUCAGUAAGUGGACAUCGAACUAGAGAAAGAAAAUUAUACUGAUAGUGUAGAAUGAAAAAGCACACUUCUCUUACAGUGGACUGCAUGUCUAGACAUUGCGGUGGUCAGUAUGAGAGUGGACAAUUGGCAAAUUGCUAAUUAUAAGGCAUUAAGGCCAGAGGUUAAGGAAUUUUCUAGAAUGAUACUGAGUUAUAGGAUAUGCUAACCCACCGUAUAGUAAUAUUUUGAAGAACAGUGCAUUAGUAGCAGUUUACAUCUGGGCGGUUAUCGGUAUCUUGUUGAGGAAUGGUGUCUUUGGUCUUGCCACAUGUUGGACCACUAGUUAAGAAAGUACCAGGCAAAUAUAGCAGUAAAGGGUUUUACCCUAAAAUGCAUUAUGGGUUUGAAUUUUUUUAAGAAGAUCGUUGCCCUUGUGUGAUAUUUAAAUGUCUUCUUGUUUCAUUUGAUUUUUAAUGGUGUUUAAUCACAGAAGUGGACAAGAUGUGAUCCCACCUCAGUCCAUGGUAAGAUGACAGUGACUUAACUGAUAUUGAGAUAGUUAUGACGUUGGGUUGGGUUUUUUAUAUGCUUUGAAGUGUUUGAAUACUGAUGAAUUACUUGUCUAAUUAAUUGAAAGGCCCACACUUUUUAUGAUUUUGUUUAGCAGUUUUAGGUAUCGUAUGAACAUCUGUUAUGUGUAUAAAUAUAAUUACAAACUGAACUGAAGCUGCAUGGCACAGCUAUGUUUAUGUUUAACAGCACAGUUAAGUUUAUAGUUGAAGUCUUGAAGAUGAGUAUCCUUGCUCAUAUGAUGUACAUACUUUUUAAAGCCAGUAUUACUGCCUCACAAGGGUGCUAUUGAGAUUACUUUGAAAAUUGCCUUGAAAAUGGGAUUUCUCAUUCAUUUUGUCAUUUUAUUUGUGAAUGAGUGGUUUAAUGUGCUAUUCUGUAUAAGCAUUUAAGUCUCAUUUUAUUAGAUGCAUUGGGUUGAUGCAAUAUUGCAGUUUUAUUUUUUUCUUAGCGUCAGUUUGAUAGCAAUUCUGCUGUGAAUGAUAAAUUGUAUACCAUUCUCAGUUCUCUUUUAAUUCAAUAUUAAAAUGUCAUGGAUUAAACUUAAAAAGUGAAAAUAAUAAGGGCAGAAAAGCACACAUCAUCUUGUGCACUUGACGUUCCUUAUUUUCUUGUUUUAAGUUAUACCGCUUUUAACUUGCUUACAUUAGGUGCUGUAAACAAAAUCUUUUCCUCUCUGUUGAAGGUGAAGAAAUAUUUAAUUUUGUCUUAAGACUUUUCUUGAGGAUUUUAUAAAAUGAUUGUUUUAUUUAUUAUUAAUGGUGAUAACUAUAAGUCUAAAAUUACACUGCCAGAACAGUAUAACAUGAUUCUAGUCAUUGUGCUCUGUAUUCAGUAUGUUGAUCUCUCAUAUUAUCUCAUCAUCUGUAUAUAAGUGAAAACCAUGACUGGCAAUAAAUUCAUUUUCUUAAAAGGCAUUUUAAAAUCUUGAAAUUUUAUUCACUACACAGUUUU